AUGCCACCACUACGCGGUUUCAGUAAUAACACAUUCGAAACACGGUCGGACCUUGUCCGAGCGGCCGUGGCUCUCGUCUCCGCACUCGAUCCGCACAAGAGCAGGGACAAAGCGAGAAUCAAGAUUUCUGUCACGACGGCAGCUGGUUUUGAUGAGACCGCAGCGCAACUUGAAGGUUUUGCGCGCCCACUAUGGGUCGUUCCAUUCCUGCUUAACGAGCCGCUCGGUGGUACGCUCGGUGGUACUGUCGGUUUGGAAUCAUGGAUUACCGGUCUCAUCGUCGGAACGGACCCAGAGUCUUCGGAGUGUUGGGGUGACCUGAGUAACUUUGAUCAGAGGAUGGUUGAGAUGGAAUCGAUAGCAUGUGCGCUUCUAGCGAGGCCGGAUUCGAUCAUUGGGAACCUCAACAACAGAGCAAAGACGAAUCUUGCGAACUGGCUUCGACAGAUUAACCACAACAAAAUGCCGCAGAAUAACUGGCUGUGGUUCCGGGUUUUCGUGAAUCUUGCGCUAGUCAAGGUACUUAAUGUCCCUCGAGAGGAGCUUCAGGGCCAGAUCAACGAGGAUCUCAAGAUUCUUGACUCAUUCCAGCUUGGCGAAGGGUGGUCGAGUGAUGGACUUUGGGGCGACGAGAGGAAGCAGGCAGAUUACUACUCUGGUAGUUUCGCCAUCCAGUUCGCACAGCUCCUAUACAUCCGCUUCGCUAGCGAUGAAGAUGAGACCAGGACGGAGAUGUACCGUCAGUCAGCGAGGCAAUUCGGUGCUUCGUACUGGAGGUAUUUCGACAAGGACGGUGCUGCCAUCCCAUUCGGCCGGAGCAUGACCUAUCGCUUCGCAUUCGCCGCAUUCUGGUCUGCGUUAGCAUGCGCUGGAAUCGAGUUGCCAGCACCAUUAGACAACGUCGGCGUGGCGAAAGGCCUGCUCCUCCGUCAUCUCCGCUGGUGGUCUAAGCAUCCCGACAUUUUCAACGCAGACGGCACGCUCAACAUCGGCUUCACUUAUCCAAACAUGUACCUGAGCGAGAAUUACAACUCUCCGCAAUCCGUCUACUGGUGUCUCAAGAGCUUCAUCGUGCUGAUGCUCCCGGAGGACCACGAAUUCUGGAAGGCCGAAGAGUUGCCACACCCAUCAUCUUUGCCUUCUGUCCAAGUGGUCUGGCCCCCACGACAGAUCCUUUGCAAUACCCACGAACACCACUUCCUUCUCUCUUCAGGUCAGAUGACGAGAAAGUCCCAUAAAGCGCGGGAGGCGAAAUAUGGCAAGUUCGCUUAUUCUUCUGCGUUUGGGUUUAGUGUACCCUGUGGGCCGCUUCUCGAGCAGAUGGCGCCGGAUAGCACGUUGAGCGUGUCCCAUGACGGAGGCGAAACUUGGAAAGUCAGGUCGGAGCCGGGCAAUGAGCGGAUACUAUCUAUCAAGACAUCGGAUAGCCUCAGGACUACAUCGGCGCUGGCUAGUGAGUGGCGACCAUGGAAGUAUCUGGACGUUACCAUCACGUCUGUACUGGUUCCGCUGAUGGAGGUGUUUCCAGGGUGGCAUGUCAGGGUACAUCGGGUGCAACUAAACGGAUUCGAUCAAUCAAGUCUGGCUGAUAAUACACUGGAGCUCGUGGACAGUGGAUUCGCCCUUGACGCAGAGACUGCCGAGGGCGCGUUUAUUCCGAACACGGAAUUGUUGGUGGGAACGGAACACGGAUGUUGCGUGGACGGAACCAGCUGCCUGUUGAGAUCGCGUGCCGGGACUGCUGGAAUUGUUGAUCUGACCCCGCAAACCGAAAUCUCCACCUCCCAGCAAGCCAAUGUUAAAAGCAAGGCAUUCAUGCUCAGAGCGGACCCGAACACUAACCUCAUCGUAUCAAGAACUUUUAUCCCUUCUGUACGGCACGAUGUACCUCCUGUUGGAUUGGACGGUAGUACCCGAGCAGGACAAGCGACGAGUGGCCGAGAAUUGUGGCUUGCAACCGGCGUGUUUGCCGUUGCCGGCGCAGCCAGCGUUGACCGACAGACGGUCCUUGAUUUGUGGCGUAAUCGGCCGAAUCUCAAAGUGAGACUCGUUGACGAUGACCUGGAGAUCACAGUCUUGUGA